AUGGCUGCUAGGAUGGAUCCUGAAUCGGGGCAGCUUCCAGUGGAAGGAUCGGAUACCCGUCUGCUUCGAAGGUGGAAAACUGUCACUUUUCUCGGACUACUGUGGAUCUUUUUUUUGUUAAUUGUGGUUUUAAUUUGUGACUUUUUGGCCAUUGGAAGCAUUGCAACCUAUGGAAGUUUUGCGGAUUACUUUCUUGUUGUUGGAUUUGGUGUUUUUACGCUGAUAUGUGGUAAAUCAUGGCAGAUCGCAUCGACUUCAAGACCAAUCUUGAAACUUGGAAUGUCACAGAUUUUGCAUAUAAUGGCGGUUUAUCUUGUGACAGAGCUCUAUAAGCAAAAACACGAAACCCAAAACUACCAGGGGCUCUUUCACGUGGGCUUAUUUGCGUUUUUUCACUGCCUUUAUUCGCAUGUUGUGUUUGUGACUUCGUGCUUUCCAUCCCACUAUGGCUCAAUUUACAGUAAAUUUAUCGACACAUACCACCAAUGGAAGCAGCAGGGUCUGGUGGUGCCGCCUGUGUACCUGGACGUGAUUUCCUAUGGUGCCACUGACGACUUUAAGUUUGAAGAACGAAGAGAUUCGGCUCUUUCUCACGAUACUCUCUUGUUCAAUGGAUACAUGGGACCCGUGCCAAUUCAGCACGGAUGUCUGUCGAGUCUUGUGGACAAGUUGUACUCGGUUUCACCGAAAAAUACCUUUCAUAUGGACCAGGCCACUGCUGAUGCUUUGGGCUCUGAUCUCCACAGCUUCCACAAUACUGCCCUAAAUACAGUCCAAGAAGACCCAGAAAGCCGUGAAAUUGGCGGGGGUGGAGGCUUUCAAUAUGAGGGUCCAGACGGAACUAGAAUUCUGUUUGGCGGAGGUGGCCAUAUUGGACCCCCAGAGACGAGCAACAAGAAAUUGCGUUUGAGUCGUUCAAUAAAGACUCUUUCCUCCUACGUUGGUGCCUCCGAAGAGAAGCAGCCUUUGAGGCAUAAGCUUUCGCAGUAUACUUUUGGCAAGAACUCCAUUUGCUCCGAAGCUACACUCAAGGAUGUAGAACCCAGGUCAAUAUUAGACUCUGAGUUCCAUCUGUAUGAAGCGUUCAUAGACAGGUGCUGUGAUAAUGUUAAUUUCAAGCUUGAUCCUGCUUUUCAAUGCUUUGGAAUUCCCGGCUUCGAAUUGAGUCCGUGGUGGGUUCUCGCAUAUAUUUCCAAUGCGUCGCUAGAAUGUUUUUCUGCCUCCAUAAUGUGGUAUCUUCUAAUUGCAACUGGAGAAACCCCAAAAAUAUUCUUGGUGGCCGGCUGCACUCAAUUCUGUGUCAAAGUGUUGAGCUUCAUUGUUGCAUCAAGAUACCCCAAAUCCUUAUACUACACACUACUUGCCAACGUCAGCUGGUUCAUAACGAUAAUUUAUGUCAUAUUUAGCAUAUUAUAG